AUGUCCAGCUCGCAGCAAGCCAGGCAGGACCAUCCUUUUGAUUCAGUCUCAAAGCCUGCACAGGAUGGCGGCCCUGCAGCGCUGGCUGGCCGAGCAUCCACCUCGUUCAGCCACGACGGGUCCACCUUGGCUGUCACCUCCGCGUAUUCACACAGUGCUCCUCCAUCUCAGCGCACAUCUCCCGUCAUUCGAGGAUCUCGGCUAGUUGGUAGGCAAGGGGCUAGGGCUUUGCAUGCUGGAAUCGCGCCUAGUCAGGAAGCUGCUCACAACACUCAGAUGGGUGUGCCACCCUCUGGUCUGGUGGCCAUCGCAGCCCACAAGGCCUCCGAAUCGCUUGGGCUGCGACGUCGCUCAGCUCAAGGCGAGAUCUUGGAGGCCAGCACUGGCUCUGAAGAAGCCGGCCCAUCUCGAUCUGGCCCGGGCAAAGUCGAUGUGCUUAGUGCAGAUGGAAGCACUGACAGUGAGCGCGGCCCAAGGAUGGGCAUCGCAGCGCGAAGGCGAUUGACCGGUAGCAACGAGAGUCAGCAGGCGGGCACACCAUUCGCACCAGCUGCGCCCAGCAGCAAUGCACCCAGCGCCAGCCACAACCCAAGCGAUCUCAGCAUGACGUUGCCUUCUUCCACCUUGGCUGCCUUGCCCGAGCACGGUACUCCACCAGCGCACUCCACCUCGCGCUUCCACCAGGCGCUUACCACCCCCGGUACGCCGGGCUCACCUCGAACAGCACGCACGCCAGGUGCUUCCCCCAUCUUGACACCAUUCGCGCGCGCUCGAGCAGACGUCGAAGCAGCUGCCGUGGUCGCUGCAUUGCGACAAGCUCAGAACCCAGCUCUGGCGGCACGCAUAGACAGCGCAGCGGCGUACUCGGACUUUGAGGAUGGCAUUGCGCCUCCCCUUGCGCGCCCUGCCAGUGCACCUCCUAGAAAAGGUCGUAGUUGGGUCGAAAAGGCAAAAGCUGCCACUUUGCCCGGCAAUCGCGCCAAGCAGUCUGAUGAGAUCUCAUCCCAUCCUCGUCGCUCUGCCGGCGCGCUAAAGGACGACUAUUUCGCCGAGAAGAGCGUAAAUGCGGUCCCCUCUUCGUCCACGUCCAAGAUAGAGGUCCCAGUGGAGAGCGUUGUGACGGAUCCUUCGCUAUUCGCUCUCAGCCCCGCCAUGGGCGCAGCUGCUCCAGCUUUGAUCGCAGCCAGUGCCAACGGGCUCGCAGUCGGCGUCUCAACGUCCUCCAAUCGAGGAAAGUCACCUGCUGUCUCGAGGAGGUCAAGUGCUGCAACACUCGCGCCGAUCGGUGACAAGGCGGGAAUUCGACAAGCAGGCAUAAGGCGGGCGGAAGCUCUUCGGGAACUCGACCCGCGUAGUCAAGGCAUCAUCUUUGCUCUCGUCUGCGCUUGGGGAGCUGUUCUAUGUCUCGACAGGCUUACCACGUACAGCUAUCAGACCAUUGCGACCAACUCCUUCGCCGCUCACAGCAGCUUGUCUUUUCUGAACGUCGUGCGAGCUCUGGUCGCAGCCAUCGCAGGUCCACCUUUUGCGCUUAUUGCCGACAGUUUGGGACGCGCGAAUGCCUUUACUCUUGGCCUCGCCUUCUACGCAUCUGGGCAUGCGCUACUUGCCGCUAGUCACAACACUGCUGCAUACGCCGGAGGCGUGACGCUCUUCGAGAUUGGAGCGAAUGGGCUCGUCGUGCUUCAGUGGACUCUCUUGGCGGACAUGACAUCGAGCAAGAAUCGUCUGCUCUUCGUCAUUCUUCCUCAGAUGCCGUUUCUUAUCUUCUCAUUCAUCAGUGCCAACAUCUAUGCUGCAGUCUUGCCUCAUUGGCGUUGGGGCGUUGGCAUGUUUGCCAUACUUGGGCCGGCGACUCUGGUUCCACUCAUCGCCAUGCUCUACACUGCUGAAGCGUCUGUCGCUACGCCCUCUCUGCCAGCGCCGCCUCGCGCACGCCAACGACCAAUGAGCCGAGCAAACGAGCUGCUUCAAGUUGUGGACCUGCCAGGACUCGUGCUACUGUGCGCAGCCUUGUCGCUCCUGCUCAUCCCGCUCACACUUGCAGCCAGUACGCCAGGUCGAUGGGCUUCUGCGGAUAUCAUCGCUGAACUCUGUUCGGGGGCAGCACUUGUUGUGGCGUUUGCGGUGUGGGAGCUCAAAGGGGCACGCUUCCCUCUGCUGCCCCGUGCACUCUUGAUGAAUCGCACUGCUUGGGCUGGAGCUUUGACGCUUGCCAGCUUCUGGAUCAGCAACACAGUCCUCACCGCGUAUCUGCCCACAUACCUCUACGUCGUUCAGGAUACAAGCAAUCGAGCGCAGCAAAACAUCUCGACGCUGUACUCCUUCACUGUCGCUCUGGCAUCGUUGCCGGUAGCUCUGACGGUACGAUACGCCGGCAGACUCAAGCCCUUCGCAGUCAUCGGCAUCGUUCUCUUCACAGUCGGUUUGGGAGUGAUGGUCGGAUUCAACGGCAACAGUGGCACACGAUUCCACAUCAUCGCUGCGCAGAUCAUCAUUGGCCUGGGCGGUGCAUUCACAGUGGCUGUGGUGCAAAGCCUCAUUCAGGUCAGCGUGCCGCACGCGCUGUGCGGACAGAGCAUCGCGGUACUCAACAUCUGCAUCAAUCUGGGCGUCGCGGUUGGAUCAGCGCUCGCAGGUGCGAUGUGGACAGGGCUUUUGCCGGGCUACCUAGCACAGGAGCUCAGACCGAUCAGCGGUCUCUCCAUGCUCAGCGCCAUCUUCUCAGAACCUUUGACUUGGAUCAUGGAACACGCUGUCGGUACCUCGGAGCGCACAGCCGUCGUCGCCGCCUACGUCAGGGUGUUUCGGUACAUGAUGGUAGCUGCGACCUCCAACUGCGCGCUCGCAUUCGCGGCGGCUUGCUUGCUGGGUAAUCCGAAGCUGGGUAACACGCUCAGCACGGUGGAGGGAGAGGAUGGAAGCGCGCGUUCGGUGAGGGGCGAGUCUGCGACAAGCACAGACGCCAAGAGUAUCAACUUGCUGGGCGAUGCGUGGCUCGCUCGUUUGGAUCGAGUAUUCAUGCGUGCCAGCUCCAGACCGGGCGAGAACAAGAAACGCGGCACGCCCGAUCCUAGCGAAGACUCUGCCGCUGCCCAAGCUGGAUUUUCCAAAGAUGCGCUGUACUCUAAGGCUGCUUCAGCCAGCCCUCCAGGACCGGAGGUGCACGUCGAGCCGCCGCCCGAAGACAACGAUGCUCGCCCUACUCGGCAGCUGUGA